UUGUCGACGCCUACUGCGCAGCCGCAGCCCAGGUGACGAAGAUGGUGCUCAUCAAGGAAUACCGUGUCGUGUUGCCGGUCUCUGUUGAAGAGUAUCAAGUAGGGCAACUGUACUCUGUGGCUGAGGCUAGCAAGAAUGAGACGGGAGGAGGGGAAGGCAUUGAAGUGCUGAAAAAUGAACCAUACGAGAAGGAAGGGGAGAAGGGACAAUAUACACACAAAAUAUAUCACCUAAAGAGUAAGGUUCCUGGCUAUGUGAAGAUGAUUGCACCAGAGGGAGCAUUAGUUUUUCAUGAGAAGGCCUGGAAUGCUUACCCAUACUGUCGCACUAUUGUGACGAAUGAAUACAUGAAGGACGACUUUAUGAUAAAGAUUGAGACGUGGCACAAACCCGACAUGGGAACAAUAGAAAAUGUCCAUGACCUGGAUGAGGAGACGUGGAGGACCGUGGACGUGGUGCACAUAGAUAUUGCAAACAGAGACGAGGUGGCCCAAGGGGACUACAAGCCAGAGGAAGAUCCUUCUCUUUUCCACUCUGCCAAGACAGGCAGAGGACCACUAGGUCCUGACUGGAAGAAUGAGCUGAAGCCAGAUUGUCCUUACAUGUGUGCAUAUAAACUGGUCACCGUCAAGUUCAGAUGGUGGGGUCUGCAGACCAAAGUGGAAAAUUUCAUCCACAGGCAAGAAAAGCGCAUUUUCACCAACUUCCACCGUCAGCUGUUCUGCUGGAUUGACAAAUGGGUGGGAUUGACUAUGGAGGACAUCCGGCGGAUGGAAGAAGAGACCCAGAAAGAGCUGGAGGAGAUGCGUCAGAAAGGUGACGUGCGAGGCACCACUGCAACAGACGAGUAGAGGUUCUGCGCUGUAGGUCAGACACUAGAGGCAGGCUGACUGCGUAAAACAGGUCCGAUUCGAGGCACCAGUGCUGCUCAUGAGCAGUGAGGCAAAUCAACCAAACCCUGUCGUGAUGAUGUCAUCAGAGACGUGGCCACCCCACUGAGAAAGCGGCCCUGACUUCGCCUCUUCUCGUCCUGUCUCACAUGAUUCAUUGGGGGGUUUGAUAAGAUUGGUUAACAGUACUGUACAGAUCCCAUCCCUGUCACAAGCCUCCUGUUCUCUCAGUUAACACAAAAAAAUAUAAGAAAAUGUAAGAAAAAAAAACCAUGUUUUGCAUACAUAUAAAAAAAACACAAAAAAAAUUGCACAGAACAUAAAUUGCCUGAAAUGUAAUUGUUAGUUGAUUUUAAUGGGCUUUGUUUUUAUUCAGGUCUGUAAAUCAUGACUCCAGAAGCCAAGCCUUUUAAAUUAGAAUGUUGUUUUUAGCUUCACGGGUCCCCACCAGAAAUCAGUCAGUUUAUUUAAGCAGGUGUUGGACCAUUUACCUCUCUACCGUCUCUUGUAAUAGAACCGUCUCUAUUUUAUUCCCUGUCUUUCCCCUCAGUAUGGUCCAUAUGUUUUGUCCUCCUAGCUGUUUGCGCUCCUCUGCUUCAUCCUGCUGUCCCUUCUGUCUGGCAGUUUGUUGGGGAAACUUUCUCAUAGUUUGAAAUUUGAAGUGGUUCUGUGUUUCAAAGCAGAUGAUAGAUAAUUCUAUCAUCCAUGUUUUUCUCCACUUUUGGCCACAUUCAAACAUGCCCUGCACAUGUUUUGUGCAUGUGGUCAGCGUAAAGUCUCUUACUUUUACCUGUCACUGCAUGUAGUAGCUGCAGUGCAGCUUCUUUCAGAUCUACUGUUAUGGCAGUUAUCUACUGUCAUCAGAGUGCAAGGGAGCACCUUCUACGAGAGACACUUCUGUCAGUGUGUGCGUUUGUGUGCUUGUUAGUGUUUCCAACUGCCUUCACUCUUAAAGGACUGUCAUGUUUUUGGACUGAGAUGGAAAGCUUCAAAUUCAGGUUAAACCAGCCUUCUGAAUUUUGCCUCAUGCUGUCGCUGCAUGGCCUUUCUCCUUGGCUAGGGCUUUAACUGGACAGCUCGUGCAGCCUCCAAAACAGAGCAAAACUAAAGUGUGUGUGUGCAUUGCUGCGUGCAUGAAUCAGGUUAGGUUUUUAUAUCUAAUUAUAUAUCCUAAUCAGAAAUUUCUCAGUUGUCAGAAAUGGGUCCAGGCUGAUCCACCAUGUUUGUUGGGAAUUGUUUAGUUUUUUUUAUUUUUAUGUCCAUAUGCAAUUAUUUUUCAAAGCUUCUUGUCCAAAAGAUAGUAAUAUCAGCCUGAACUUUUGAUUCGGUUUCUGGCUACAGACUAAAUUGUCUUGCAGUUUAGAUCGGUGUGAAGCGUUCUGCUCACUUCUUUGGCUACAUUACAUGAGAUUUUCACACCUGAAGAUUGGUUUAGAUGCUUUUAUUCUAAGCUCGGGGUCAAAUAUAGUUAGUGUUGUGGCUUUAAGGCUCGCAUUGUGAUCUGAGUGUCUCUAAAGUUGUUAGGUUGUGUCACAUCAAGUCUGUGGUUGAUGUAGAACAGCUAAAUGAAAGCUAUACUGUAACUGUACUCUGUAUUAAAUCCAAUCAUAAAGUGGCAAACUCUAGAUACAAACUUCAUUGGGCUAUUAGCAUCAUCAGGGUUUAUCAUUUAAUAUUGUACCGCUCUAAGAUCUUGAUGUCAGGUAAUAUCAGCCCUGUAGGCAGUGUGUGUAAAGUGGAGCCAACUGUACCUCAUCCAUGCUUAUGAAUGUGUAGCUACACAGACAAGAGGGACAGGUGUGAAACGACUGUUCCUAAAGUGCAGGGAUACUGGCAUGUUUUACACAAGCUUGACUCAGAUCCAUGAUAUCACCAGUACACGAGGACAAACGGUUUGGCUAAAGCUAGAUUUGCGUGUUCAGUUUUAUUUUUUUAAACUGUUUAUUUUGAUAACUCUCCAACUUUAUUUGAGCAGCACCUUUGCGAGUAUCUCGAACUGCAUCAGACAAGGUGGACAGUUAAAGGGCGGCCUUCCCCUCACAAUCACUCUCCUUGGCUGGACCUUGGAUUACGAGACGAGGAGUGAAAAGCCUCGGAGUCUGAUGAUGAAGGGAGUCGUCCUGUUCGGUUAUACGAGCUGAGUGAUGCCAGCCAGUGGGUACUGUAAGGGGAGAGGGCUUGAAGCAUAGGAAAGAGAUGGAGUCCAAAAUAUUGUUUUCUUAUUGUAAUCAUGAAUAAGCUCUUGCAAAAUCCACUGGGGGUUUUUAUGUCUUUUUGUUGUUUUUGAAAGGCAAAGAUUUGCAAUGUAUUCAAUUUUCUCUUUCUGAUAAGGCAAACAUUCAGGGGAAUUAGUAGUGAAUGUAAUACAAUUAAUACCUUUUUCCAUGUUCAUAGCUUUCAGGCUGUGAAGGAAGGUCUAGACAAUGGAGCAUAACAGAAUAUCUAAUAAAUUUCAACAAAUAAAAUGA